UCUACUGCCUCUGCAAGCGCAGGCAAGAUGGCAGCUUCCAUUUCGGCCAUAUUUUGGCUUUAAAACGCCUUAAUGAGAGUAAAUGGGGACCGUCCAGACCAUACUUUUAUACAGUCUAUAAUCACAACCCAAACUCCACAACGCGCCAAGCAGCACAUUUUUAGUUGCUGCGGAAGCACAGCUCAUUUAGGCUCAGCUCAGCUCACCUCAGGACUUGUUGUGCUACUAAGAUAUAAGGCAGUGUGAGGUUGGUGGAUGGUGGCAGUCGCUGUGCUGGGAGAGUGGAGGUUCUUCAUAGAGGGCAGUGGGGAACAGUGUGUGGUGAUGACUGGGAUAUGAGUGAUGCUGCAGUGGUGUGUAGAGAGCUGGGCUGUGGAGAAGCUGUAGAUGCACUGGGCAAAUCUCAUUUUGGAUCAGGAUCAGGACCAAUCUGGAUGGAUGAUGUGGACUGUAGUGGAUCAGAGUCUAGACUGAAGAACUGUAGAUCACCAGUAUGGGGUAAACAUGACUGCAAUGAAACCCACAAUUCUGGAGUCAUCUGUUCAGGAGCCAGGCUGGUUUUAGGUUGUCGCUGCUCUGGGAGAGUGGAGGUUCUUCAUGGAGAGAGCUGGGCCACAGUGUGUGAUGCUGACUUUAACCAGCAGGAUGCAGAGGUUGUGUGUCGAGAGCUGGGCUGUGGUUCUCCUGUGAAGGUUCUGGGAGCAGCUGCGUUUGGUAGAGGGGAGGGUCAGGUGUGGUCAGAGGUGCUUCAGUGUAGAGGAAACAAAUCUCAGACUCACUUCUGUCCAAAAUCAUCUUCACUCAAACACAACUGCUCCCAUGAUAAUGAUGUGGGACUGGUGUGUGCAGGAGUCCUGCUGGUUAAUGGCUCUCGCUGCUCUGGAAGAGUGGAGGUUCUUCAUGGUGAGAGCUGGUUCACAGUGUGUGAUGCUGACUUUAACCAGCAGGAUGCAGAGGUUGUGUGUCGAGAGCUGGGCUGUGGUUCUCCUGUGGAGAUUCUGGGAGCAGCUGCUUUUGGUAGAGGGGAGGGUCCGGUGUGGUCAGAGGAGCUUCAGUGUAGAGGAAACGAAUCACAGAUUCACUUCUGUCCAAAAUCAUCUUUACUCAAACACAACUGCUCCCAUGAUAAUGAUGUGGGACUGGUGUGUUCUGGCAGUGUGAGGUUGGUAGAUGGUGACAGUCGCUGUGCUGGGAGAGUGGAGGUUCUUUAUAGAGGACAGUGGGGAUCAGUGUGUGGUAAUAACUGGGAUAUGAGAGAUGCUGCAGUGGUGUGUAGAGAGCUGGGCUGUGGAGAAGCUGUAGAUACAUAUCAUGAGUCUUACUUUGGAUCAGCAUCAGGACCAAUCUGGAUGGAUAAUGUGCACUGCAGUGGCUCUGAGUCUACACUGAGGAACUGUGAAUCAGCAGGAUGGGGUAAACAUAACUGUGAUCAUUCUAAAGAUGCUGGAGUCAUCUGUUCAGGAGUCCGGGUGGUUGGUGGUUCUCACUGUUCUGGGAGAGUGGAGGUUCUUCAUGGAGAGAGCUGGGUCACAGUGUGUGAUGCUGACUUUAACCAGCAGGAUGCAGAGGUUGUGUGUCGAGAGCUGGGCUGUGGUUCUCCUGUGGAGGUUCUGGGAGCAGCUGCUUUUGGUAGAGGGGAGGGUCAGGUGUGGUCAGAGAAGCUUCAGUGUAGAGGAACUGAAUCUCAGAUUCACUUCUGUCCAAAAUCAUCUUCACUCAAACACAACUGCUCCCAUGAUAAUGAUGUGGGACUGGUGUGUGCAGACAGUGUGAGGUUGGCGGAUGGUGGCAGUCGCUGUGCUGGAAGAGCAGAGGUUUUUCACAGAGGACAGUGGGGAACAAUUUGUGGUGCUGGUGCAAAUUUCAUAGCGGGUUUUGUCAUGUGUAAAGAGUUGGGCUGUGGAGAGCCGUUUAGGACUGAUGCAGCUGUUCCAGGAUCUGCACCGAUCUGGAUGAGUCAUGUGAAGUGUACUGGAUCAGAGUCUACACUGAAACACUGUGGAUCAUUAGGGUGGGGAACACAGCUGUAAUCAUAAUAUGGAUAUUGAGCUUACCUGUUCAGGUAUGUUUUAAUUAGACAAAAACUGUAAUACGUACGUAUUACAUGUAUUACAUUUGUGAACUUUCUGAGAAUGUUUCGACACAUCAUAGACAAAAUCAAAUCAGAGAUCAUAUGAUGGAAUGUCACUGUUUUGUAUACCUAUUCCGUAUUAAAUAUUCUAUUACAUAGUAAAUUCUGACAGUUACAGCUAAUGUGAGAAGCAGCGAUGUUUUUUUUUAACAUUUGCUUUGACUUUUAUUUAAUUGCUGAAAAUAUUAACCCAAGAAAUUGUCUAGUCAGUUUCAUUUUGUUUGAUAAAAUUUAAUUUAAUAAAAAAGGGUCUGCAGUACUGAUUUGCUAGAGCACAACAUUUGUUUUCAAAAUUAUAACCUGAAUGAAACAAAAUGCAUUAGUCCUUUCCACUUCCAGACAACUUCUCAAACACUUUAUGUGCCAAAACAAAACCAGUCAACACACUGUAAUUAGAAACAGUGUCAUUUCCAGCUUAACAAUUUAGUGCUGGACGAUAUGACAAAACUUAUGUCACAAUAUAUUAAUUUUAGUCGAUGUGUUAUCGUUUUGAUAUAAAUGUGUACAGCUCAACUGAACAACUUCCUGAUGUGUACAUUAUCACACACUGAGAUUGCCAGACUAUGGUAUUCUAUACCACUCUGCUGUUUCGCUUAAAAAAAAUCAGUCAGUAAAGAUGCUGUAAAUACUGUACAUAUCUUAAAAAAAAUGUUAUAAAUUGAUGCUCCUUUAUUCGUAUGCAAAUUACAAAAAAUAUAAAUGAAGGUCACACAUGCCAGAUAUUCUAGGCUACUCUAAAAUAGUUAACAUUUUUACAUUUAUUAUUACAAUAACAGCUUAAAUGCUUUGCUGUGUAAUAAUAAAAUAUACCAGCCCUGCUUAAAAUGAUUAAAAAUAAUAUGCAAAUAUGGACAGAAUUAAGAUAUCAAAUAUGGACAGAAUUUAGAUAUUUAAUUAUAUUUUGACCAACAAAAAAAGUCAGAAUAAAAAAAAAAAAAUUAUUGUUUUUCUAUAAAUCUUUUGUUAUGAUUUUCAAAAUGGCGGAUUAGCCACUAUGGCUAUUUGGCGAUGCCAACUGUUUUCCUAGCUAAAUUAAUCUGUAUUAUUA